GAGGUUGACGCGAGCUGCCAUCGGCGGCGGAGGCGGAAAACAAUCGCUGAAAGGGCCGCUCGCUGUCCGCCGGAGAAAGGCCGAGGCCUUGGAUGUGACUGAGACGGCGACCCACUGCUCGAGUGACCGUGCGAGGUGAUUGACGUUGGCAGACAUGGCAUCUGAAUCGGGAAUGCCUAAUCCCAGCUGUCGGAUAAUGACGUUUUAUCCCACGGUGGAAGAAUUCAAAAACUUCAGCCGUUACGUCGCAUAUAUAGAAUCACAAGGUGCCCAUCGUGCUGGACUCGCAAAGAUUGUCCCUCCAAAAGAAUGGAAGCCUUGUAGCAGCUAUGACAACAUGGAUGAUCUGGUGAUUCCAGCCCCUAUUCAACAGGUGGUAACGGGUCAGUCAGGCCUCUUCACACAGUAUAAUAUUCAGAAGAAGCCAAUCACUGUGCGUGAAUUCCGAAAAAUAGCUAAUAGCGACAAAUUCUGCACCCCUCGGUAUACAGACUUUGAUGACCUGGAGCGCAAGUAUUGGAAAAAUCUCACGUUCAACCCACCUAUCUAUGGUGCAGAUGUCAAUGGCACAUUGUAUGAUGAGGGUGUGACUGAAUGGAAUAUUGGGCACUUAAACACCAUCCUGGAUGUAGUAGAGAAAGAGAGCGGCAUCACAAUUGAAGGUGUCAAUACUCCGUACCUUUACUUUGGAAUGUGGAAAACCACCUUUGCUUGGCACACAGAGGACAUGGAUCUCUACAGCAUUAACUACCUGCACUUUGGUGAACCGAAGUCCUGGUACACUAUUCCUCCAGAGCAGGGAAAGCGACUGGAACGUCUAGCUAAAGGCUUUUUCCCAGGAAGUGCUCAAAGCUGUGAAGCAUUUCUGCGCCAUAAAAUGACUCUGAUAUCCCCUUCCAUACUCAAGAAAUAUGGAAUCCCAUUUGACAGGGUGACCCAAGAGCCAGGGGAUUUCAUGAUCACAUUCCCCUAUGGUUAUCAUGCAGGUUUUAAUCAUGGGUUUAACUGUGCUGAAUCUACAAACUUUGCAUCCCUUCGAUGGAUAGAAUAUGGGAAGCAUGCUGUCCUGUGUUCCUGUAGGAAGGAUAUGGUAAAAAUUUCGAUGGAAGUUUUUGUGCGAAGGUUUCAGCCUGAACGAUACAAGUUGUGGAAAGUGGGUAAAGAUGCAAGUUUUAUUGACCAUGUGCAAACCACCUCAGAAUUUUUUGAAGAAUCAAAGAUGGCAGCCACAAAGAGUUCGAAUGACCAGAAUACUGAUACAGCUGAAAUGGAAAGGAAUAAAACUGAGAAGAAAGUGUGUUCUGCACAAAGAGACACUGAUGAAGCCAAGAGCCCAAUAAAGCAUCGAAUAGGAACAAAGAGGCACAAGGUUUGUCUGGAGUUGCCGCAGGAGAUGAAUGAAAAUGCUACGGUUCUCAAAGAGGGUGAUGACGUGAAUCCUGUUCCACAAAAUGAAUGUGAAGAGACCAAAGGAAAGCAGCAAAAGGAAGAAGCAUGCUGCAAAUUUAAUGCUGGUGAUGCCAGUCUGAAUGAUCCAGAAUCUACUACAGUCAAGGUUGAAAAUGCUCCACAAGAAGAGAAGCUUAAACUGAAGCCAACUAUGUCCACCUCAGCAGACACUGCUGUCACUGUGUUGAACUUUUCUGUGGCCACUCCUUCGCAAAAUACUUCAACUUCAUCCAUGAAAUCCUCUGACUCCAGCUCGUCUGAUUCUGAAACGACUAGCUCUCAGAGUUCAAGUCAAGAGAGUGCUGCUGAAGAUUCUGAUAAUAGUCCAGAUUGGGGUGAACCAGUUAAAACAAAUGUUGGAACCAGUCUCAAUGAACAGGACCUUGCAGAGAUGGCAGAGCAAUAUAUGAAAGAAAUGAAAUCCAAGAAGAAAGCAAAAAGUCGGCGUCAACCUCUCAGUAAACCACCACGGCACCAUCCUCUUUCAGUGGUAAAGGACUGCGUUAGUGAUGAAGAAAUGCCAGAUCUGUUGGCAGUAGAAGAUGAUCCGAUGGAGUCAGAACCUUGGGCUAAACCACUCGCUCAUCUUUGGCAAAACCGCCCACAGAACUUUCUCGCAGAACGAGAAUACAACAGUACAAUGGCACAGCUAGCACCUCACUGUUCCAUUUGUGCACUCUUCCAGUUAAACCAGAUAGACUGUCAAGAAGGUCACAAUUUCAGAAACAAAAUCCAACAUUUGGAUGCAGGUAGACUUGAAAACAAAAUGAAAAGUAAGCCAUUGGUUCCAGAGAUGUGCUUCACAUCUGGAAGUGACCAUGUUGAUAUGAGCCUUCCCACCUCUUACAUCGAGGAAGAUGGAACAAGCGCCCUGAUUACGUGUGCCAAGUGCUGUGUUUGCGUUCAUGCAAGCUGUUAUGGAGUUGCUCCUGAAAAAAUAACGGAUGAUUGGACCUGUACAAGGUGUUCUGCUAAUGCAUUGUCAGAAGAUUGCUGUCUCUGUACCCUUCGGGGAGGUGCUCUUCAGAAAACCACCGAUAACAGGUGGGUUCACCUAAUGUGUGCUGUUGCAGUGCUGGAGGUACGGUUUGUGGACGUUGCAGAACGACGCCCUGUGGAUGUCAGCCCAAUACCACCACUUCGCUGGAAGCUGAAAUGCUUCUACUGUAAGAAGAGAAUGAAGAAGUCCGGUGGUUGCUGUAUUCAGUGCUCCCAUGGCCGUUGCCCCACGUCUUUUCAUGUGACCUGCGCCCAUGCUACGGGAGUCAUCAUGCAACCCGAUGACUGGCCAUUUGUAGUCUUCAUCACCUGCUGUAGGCACAAGACUCCCAUCCAAGGAGAGUGCUCUAAAUCAGCUUUGAAUGAGAUUGAAGUUGGUCAGAAGGUUAUCUCCAAACACAAGAAUGGGCGCUUUUAUCAAUGUGAGGUGGUUGGAUUGAGUAAAGAAACCUUCUAUGAAGUAAAUUUUGAUGAUGGUUCCUUCAGUGACAACUUGUAUCCAGUGGACAUUGUGAGUCAUGACUGUCUUCGUUUGGGGCCCCCUGUGGAAGGAGAGGUGGUUCAAGUCACAUGGACUGAUGGACUAGUGUAUGGAGCCCAAUUUGUCGCAUCACAUGUUAUACAGCUCUACCAGGUGGAAUUUGAAGAUGCUUCUCAACUCAUGGUGAAAAGGGAGGAUGUGUACACUCUAAAUGAAGAACUUCCCAAGAAAGUCAAGUCCAGGCUGUCUGUGGCAUCAGACAUGCGAUUCACUGGAAUAUUUGCAGAAGAAGAGGUUGCUCAUGUAUCAAAACGACAACGAGUUUUGAACUCCAGGUAUCGUGGAGAUUAUGUUGAGCCAUCUCUUUACCGUACAAUUAUGGAGUAAUUCAGAAAUUGUUCAGAACUUCAUCUAUGAAAAUCAAUUGGGACAAAUUUGGUUUUCACACAUGGUUGUAUUGUAGAUAUGUGAAUGCAGCUGAGUUCUAAUUUCUCUGGCAAAAGGCCACUCUGCACCAAUGAACAGUCUCAAUAACAGCACUUGCUUGGAACAUGAGCAUCAAAUAUCCUGGGAUUUCAUCAAAGCUGUCUCUGCACAUUCUUUGGUCUUGCUUCGGACUCCUGCAUUGUAUGGUGCGGACUAAUCUGGAUCAAGAAAUGUCUUUAUUUGAGGUUUCAGGGGGGGCGAAGAGUGGAUCUAUGAAGAAUGUCUUUGGGUAAAAUAUCAAUGGUCAGGAAGAGAAAAAACAUUUACCUUUUAAUAUUGCAGAUAACUGUGCUUAAUUUUGUUCACAUCCAUAUUGAUUAUCAAAUGGAACUUAUUGCUUACCUAGUUUCUGAUACACAUGUACAGUAAGGCUGAUGCAUAGUUGUUUCACCAUAGCCAUGUAACCAACCCCCUCUGCAAACUAUGAUGAGUUCUAGAAGAUGUGAAUACGAUUUGACUACAUUUAGCCCAAAACUAGGGUCGUGAUUGGUGCUUGAGUUAAAACUCUUGUGUAUUUAUAGGGAAGCCUGAAGCAACAGGUUGACUGGUGAUUAGACACUUUUUUUAAAGAAAAUAUUUUCCUCUUAAAUGUUGCAGUUUAUUUCAGUGUUCACCAUGGCAGUAAAUAGAAAAUUGAGUCCUUGAAUGGGAAAGUAUUGAUAAAAGUAGCAACUUAAUUUUAGAAGGCCAAUGUGUAUUUUCAAAACAAACUGGUUAUAUUCUCACAUAUCUCAAAUCCCAUCCAUUUCAUGAAUUUGUAAAGGUAUUGUUCAUAUUAUGUGAACACUUGUGAUCUGGACUCCUGUGCAGUUUUAAUCUGUACUACAAAUUAUAUUUGUUUAUUCAAUUAUUAACUUUUAUUGGAAUAUUCAUACUUGAUUGCAUUGUAAAAUGUUCUUGAUUUGUUUUGUUGGUUUGGUGUAGACUGUCGGAACUGUUGUUGGGCAAUGCACACAAGUUGCAAAUCUUUGUUAAGACGAGUAGACUUUUAAAUGUGGGCAAGAUUGGUUGCGUAAUCCAAAUUGGUGUCCAAAAACUGAAACAACUGAUGCAACAGACCAUUUAUUUUUGGGUUCAGCAUAUUUAUGAAGUUAUAUUAAUACCAUCUGCUGUUGUGAUAACAUAAAAUAGUAAAACUAGCUAUCUGAAUUUUAAAGGUUGAAUUUAACUGUAAAAGGAAACUAUAAUUAAAUGAUGGUGUUUAUGUUGAUGAAUGUAUCCUGAAACACUCUUGCCUUCCUGAUGGAAAACGAUGCAGUAAUAAGAAGCCAAGCUGUUUUUUUUAGUUAGAAAACCUUUGUUUCUGAUAACUUGUAAUUGAGGAGAUAUUAAUGGUAAUUUCAGUUGUUUCCAGCAGUUAGGAAGUGUUGAUUCCAUUCUAUCCUCCUUAGAGACCAGUUUUAGAAAAUAGCCAUUCAAGCUAUUUACUUUUCAAUUUCAGUAUAGUGUUCAUGGAGCAAUUUCACUUGAUUUCCUGUUUUUUUAAAUUUUUUAAUUCUUCUAAAAAUUAUUAGUCCCAGAUCCAGCCUCAUGAAAUGCUUCAAUGGAAAUGUUUUGAAAUGACAGCCAUUUAUGUAAUGAACAUUUUCUUUUUCAGAGCACCUUUGUUGAUGCACUUUUUUUAAAUUUGAGAAUCUUGUUUCAAAUUUUUCAAUGUGUUUAUAGGUUUGGAAUUCUAAUUCCAUCAGUGAGAGUUUAGUUUAUAGUUUCAAAUGUAUCAAAGUUCCAGGCACCCUAACAAUUUAUUGGCAUUUGUAAUGGGUUAUUCGUGAUUGGUUGGAACUGGAAAAUGCAUGUUAAUAAAACUUCAUAUUUGUAAUCCAAUUGGUCAUUUUACAAAAAAGAAUGUUUAAUAAAUGUUCAUGCUAUUAUUUUCUAUUUUUCUUCAAAGAAAUUAUGCUUGGCUAUGCUGUGUGUUCAAGACCUGUUCUGUAGUUAAGAAUGUUUGCAGACUGUUUGAUCCAUCAGAGCUCUAUCUUUAAUGCUAUAUGUAUGUUUCAUUCUGUAGAGGAUUUCGGUCUUGUAUAACCUGUUAAUUGUCAUUUUAAGGACAUUGAGUUCAUUCCCUUUAGGCUCUAUUGGAAAACAGACAACGCAACAUAUUUAAUUCUCCUUUCUGAUGUAUUUAUUAGCCUCAUUUAUGUUUGAAACAUGCUCAUUGACUCCCACUUUUUUGGAGCAGUUUUGUGUGUACCAAUUACUUUAAGGGGCAGAAUCUAAUAUCUGAUGUGAAAAUUGAGCAAUGUUUAAUUCUAUCCCAGUCAUAUUCCAAUAAUAAAUAGCGUUAAUUUAAAUGGGUUUGAUUUUCUUUUUGUAACUAUGAUUUUUUUUUCUCCAGAAUGUUGUCAUUUGUUUUGCAAUCUCCAAAUACUGUCUAUGAUACUGAGCCGUGUCAUCAAUUAAUUUAGAUGGAAUGGAAAAAUCAACUAUAUUUCUCAAUUAGACAUUCUAUCUGUGAACCUUUUUUAAAUGAUUGCCAUCUAUUUAUUCUCCGAGUGAUGGUGAAAAUGUUGCAUAGAACUGUGAGAACAAAUCAACAAAAUAACCCUUUAUAGCAUUGUUGAAAGAGGUGGGUACAUUUUUCAUCCAGUUUUCAAAUCCUUUUUAUGAUAUGUGCUAUUGUUUAACAGGAAAAUAUUAUUAAAUUGUUAAAUAUUACCACCUCCCAGAGGGAAAAUUAUAUCCACCUAAAAUCUCAUGGCAUCUUGCCCCUCACUAAAAUAAUUGAACAUUUCUUUAAAUCUUUGUUCUUCAUCUGAGGGACCUACAGUCUACACUACAACCAUCUCAGGAGUCUGUACAGUAAUUGAUUGUAUUGAUCUAUAAAAAUGACUGUAUUAGUUUAAGCAAACAUGAAGUUUAAAUGGCUUGCUGUGAUUGUUUAGGAAAAUAAGAACACAUUGAAAUGAUUUACAGUCAAUAAAUGUCUUUUUUGUCUUUGA